GCGCAACUACCGUAACUUGAGAGGAAGUGUUCAAACGCUCUAGGUAAGGCACCUUUCUGCAAUUCUUCCAUCUUUCCUAGGUUAUUUUUAGAAAUGUUUCUAGCUUGACCAAACAUAUGUUGUUUCAGUGAUCGUGUACAGGAGGAUGGGUCAGAAAAACCACAUAUUGAUGCUAGACUGUUGCGAAUAUACCGUCGAAAACACCACCAAACAUAGAAUAAUGUGGUGUUGCGCACAAAAAUUUAAAACGAAGUGUAGAGCAAGGGUAGUCACAUACGGACAUAUGAUCUAUUUGAAGUGUACGGAGCAUAAUCAUGGACCUACAGAACGGUUCGGAAAAAGGUACGCGAAAAUUACGAUGACUCUUGGUGAUUGAUGGUAGAAUGUUUUGCAGAAAAGUUCUGCUAGAAGAGCGACGUUGAGUUUUCACUAAAAGUUGUUGGGAUGUGUGAAACAUUUAUUUAGUUUUAUGAAACUGAUUACUGUAGUUUAGAUACAUUUCAGACACAUGAAUGUUUAUAUAGCAAUCAAGCUGGUAGUUUAUAAUAAACGAAUAAUAAUUAA